GGUUAGGGUGAACAUUCCAUGGCGGGCCAGAUGCGAUGUUGGGAGCUUCCCGAUCAGUUCGUCUUCCAGCCCCAUUCCGGGCUCCUCCAGAUCCUCUCGAUCGAUCGCGCCACUGGCAAUGCGUCGCUGAUUCAGGAGCUGCCGGCUGCUGCUAGCGGGGGACAGAUCCAUUCCUCCACUGUCUACGGUGUUCUUGGAGCUGUGAAAUUGCUCACUGGAACUUAUGUCCUGGUGGUCACCGAAAGGGAAUGCGCUGGAUCUUAUUCCAAUUCUCCUUUGUUUAAAGUCAAGUCGAUGCGAUUUUUACAAUGCGAGCACACUCGACACUUAAGUCCAAGCAAGAUAAUCGAGGAGGCAUAUUUGCGUGGGCUUCUCAAACACAUCGAACAGACGCCUGGGCUCUACUUCUCGUAUGAGACCGAUCUCACAAACAAUGCACAGCGAACACACUUGCUAACAAACGAUCAUGAAAAUCAACCACUUUGGAAACAGGCUGACCCACAGUUCGUAUGGAAUGAUCACUUGAAGGAUUACUUGCUGGAAUCAAAGGCAGAGGGGUUUAUUUUGCCGGUUAUUCAAGGAAGCUUUCAAAGCGUCCAGGUUUUACUGGCAGAACAGUUGUUGCAAAUAACGUUGAUUUCGAGGAGAUCCAUUCGCCGAUCUGGGACACGAAUGUGGCGCAGGGGAGCGGAUCCCGAAGGUUCGGUUGCAAACUUUGUGGAAACGGAACAAAUCUUGGAAGCUGGAGGAUACUUUGCUUCUUAUGUUCAGGUUCGAGGAUCAAUCCCUGUGUUUUGGGAGCAGAUAGUGGAUCUAAGAUAUAAACCCCAAAUCAGAUCUAUAAACCACGAAGAUACGUCUGCAGUGGUAGAACGACACUUCAGCGAUCUCUCCGAUCGAUAUGGAUCCGUUUUAGCUGUCGAUCUCAUUAAUCAGCAAGGCAGCGAGGGAGUUCUAAGCAUAGCUUAUCGAAACGCGAUGCAACACUUGAAAAAUAAUAACGUGACCUACGUACCUUUCGAUUUUCAUCACAUCUGUGGAAACAUACGCUUUGACCGCUUGUCGGUCCUGCAUGAUCAAAUUGCCGAGAAUCUUAUGCAGCAAAGGUUUUUCUUGGUGAAUCCUAUGAAAGAAAAGACCGAAGAACAGAAAGGGAUCGUAAGAACCAACUGCAUUGAUUGUCUCGAUCGGACAAACGUUACUCAGAGCUUGCUGGGAAGGAAAGCACUCGAGGAACAGCUCCGACGCUUGGGAUUAUUUCAAGCGUCGGAAACAAUUGACAAGCACUACGUAUUUGACUCGCAGUUCAAUAUAUUGUGGGCCAACCAUGGAGACGAGAUAAGUUACCAAUACGCUGGAACUCCAGCUCUCAAGGGCGACUUUGUAAGAUAUGGAAAACGCACCAUAGCUGGAUUGAUACAGGAUGGGAUCAGUGCUAUCAGUCGUUACUACUUAAACAACUUCCAUGAUGGCCGCCGUCAGGAUGCAAUGGAUCUCGUAACAGGGCGCUACAAAGCCAGCGAUAGCAGCUCGCCACAUCGAUCAGUGAUUGCCGGGAUAGCUACAUACAUGCCGCUGAUUGCAGCAGUGAUAGUAGCCUCCAUUUGUGCCACAGCCAUGUCUUUGUGGAAUGUCUCUCGAGGCGAUGGCCGUGUGAUGUUCACGAUGCUUUGGGCGAGUGUGACUGCAGUUCUGGGCAUGGUAGUCCGAACCAAUGGCCAGCAGUUGUGCUGCACACCACGUUUGAGAGGAUUGAAAUAGUCUUUUAAUUACAUUUUCUGUAAUGUAAACUUUUGAAAUGGUAAAGUAGCUGGUAGGUUUAGUUAGUUUUAAUCUUAUUUUCUUAGUAAAAUUUAAAAACAAACGCUGUUUUGAUUGUCA